AUGUCGAAAAGCAGAGUAGCUCCUUUGAAGAAAUUGACGUUGCCACGAUUGGAACUAAUGGCAGCAGUCAUAGGAGCUAGAAUAGAAAAGUAUCUGGGAGAGGUUUUCAAUGAUCUUAUUGAUAAAUUUUUGUAUUGGACUGAUUCCUUAAUUGUCUUGUUUUGGAUAAAGGGUUCUGCGAAGCAAUGGAAACAGUUUGUCGGUAAUAGAGUGGUUGAAGUGCAGGAAAAAUCAGAUCCCAGGUCUUGGAAUCAUUGCAGUGGAAGGGAAAAUUCUGCUGAUUUAGUUAGUAGGGGUGUGCCAGCUCAAUGUUUGUUGGAAGGUGAUCGUUGGUGGUGUGGUCCAUAUUGGCUAAAAAGAAAAGAUAAUUUUUUCCCUAAGCAUCCACUGAGGGAGACCCCACUGGAAGUAGUAGAAACUGAGAGAAAGGGAUGCGUUGUGCAUACUUCUGUGAUUAAGAAUUUUGUGAUUGAUGAACUGCUUCAUAAAUAUUCUUCUUGGACAAAACUUUUACGAGUUAUAGCUUGGUGUCUCAGAUUUAUUGCCAAUGUGAAACGAUCAUCAAUAACAAGGACAAAAUCAAAUUUUCUCCAGACUGGAGAGCUAGCCGUAGCACAUUCUUGGGUAAUCAAGUCUGUGCAAAUGCAAGAAUUUAGUGAAGAAAUCGAUCAUUUGAAAAAGAGAAAACUAGUGAGUCCCCGCAGUAAACUCAAUAUGUUGAAUCCAUUCUUAGAUGAUGAGGGUAUUCUAAGAGUGGGAGGAAGACUAAGAAAUGCUAGCAUCGCACAGAAUGUAAAAUAUCCAGUCAUUCUGCCUAAAUCACACUAUAUUACAGAACUGAUAAUACGAUAUUAUCACUAUAAAUAUCUUCACGGAGGAGCACAAAUGCUCCAUUCAGAAAUCAAGCAGAGAUAUUGGAUUAUUAAUGCACGAGCAACUAUUCGAAAGAUCAUUCGUAAAUGUGUAACAUGCUGUCGACACAGAAGUGAGCUGUCAUAUCAAGCAAUGGGCGAUCUUCCAGCAUCCAGAGUGAAUCCCGCAAGAGCUUUUUCGAAAUGUGGUGUGGAUUUUUCAGGGUCCUUUCCAAGUUAA